AUAUCAUGUUCAACACUCGAAAUAAAUCUGGUAUUUCUGGCGCACCCAUGUAUUAUUCUCUAUAUAAACAACAUCACUUUAUAGCCAGUCUAUAUCGUUGUUGUUUGUAGGAUGCAUUUAGGAGUAGACUAAUUGGGAGGGCAAGGAUUACAGCAUACUCUCGCAAGAGCCAAUUGGGAACUUCGUCAGGGCCACCACUUUUACUGGGGUUCAGUUUUUGUAGCUGUGAUAAAACCCUUUCUUCAGAAACUUCUAAGAAGUCUGGGUUUUUCUCUAAGUUAAGUCGCUCUAACGGUCAAGAUAGUUGAUAUUCUGAUAAGGGCUCAUGAAAAGCUGUAUUUAUUCUGUUUGCUAGUUCUUGUUCCGAUAUAUCUUCAAAACCAGCGAUAUUUAUCAAAUUUAUUAGGGAGCUAUUCAUUGAUUUCAUUCCUCCUAGGCGUUUGAUUUCACUCCACCAAGCUUUAGGGUUAUCUUUUUCUUUACUGUGAACCUGGGUCGUAUAGUAUUUUGAUUUACACGCUUUUCUCUCGCGAUUGACAAUAUUUCGGUAAUAUUUAAAGCAGUUGGAUUUUGGACCGUAACUGAAAAAGGCUUCUUGUCUUUUUUUUAUAAAUGUUUUUAAUUUAUCGGUCAUCCAAGGAACAUCUGCAGAGAUUUUCUUAAUCCGUUUAAUUGGCAUGAGGAGGUCAUUAAGACCAAUUGUGAUUGAGCAAAAAUUUCAGGCCAAAGGAUUGAUUGUAAAAAUCUCCCCAUGGCAUCUUUCUUACUCUGACGAAGGUCUCGUUUGUAUACAAAUGUAGGUUUUGCUUUCUUCACAAUGUGAGUGGGUGAAACUACAGCUGUGUUGUGAUCAGAUAAUCCAAUUGGAGGGAGUAUUUGCGGAGACUUGUAGAACUCGUGCAUAUUAGUUAAUAUAAGAUCAAGUAUUGCUUCGCCUCGAGUUGGUGAUUUAACAAUUUGUUUCAACCGAAAAUGCUUAAUUAUAUGAUUCACAUUAAGACGAUUGAAAUCCCCAGCAAUGAUAAUACCGCAGCUGUAAAAUUUUGCUUCGACUUCGCUCAGUGUCUGAAAAAAGUGACUCUGCAUGCUGAAAUCGUCGGCACUGGGGGGGGGGGUGGUAUAGGACGGCAACUAUGAUUGUGGAAAAUUCACGAGGAAGUCGUCUAGGUUUUAAAUGAAGCCAUAAGAUUUCGUGUUCGGAACAACAUGAAAUUUCUGAAAGGAUUUCGAGUUUCGUAUCACCGUCUCUGAUAUAAAUACAGAUUCCGCCAUGGUUGUUUAUAGAUCUAUCUUUGCGUAUGAUUGUAAACCCAGGUAUGCUUACAACGCUAUCUGUAAUUGAGUCAUUGAGCCAAGUUUCAGUUAGAAAGGAUAAGUUUAUCUCAUUUUCCAUCAUGAAUUCGCGGACUUCGUCUAUUUUAGGGGCCAAAGAUCUCACAUUAGUCACCAUUAAUUUUGGAAUAAAAUUACUAAUCCCCUGUUUUAAUAUAGUGGUAUCAAGUUGAUGGAGUUCUGUAGUAAGGGGCUUACAUGGCAGAGUACAGUUAUUUGGAAAGUCAACAGAUUCGUUUAAUAAUGACUGGGUGGUCUUGUUGGGAUGUCCAUCAGGGGAGGCAUAUAAGGGUAGUUUACAUGGGGAUAAAAAAAAAGGGUGUCUCAUAGUAUUUAGGUGACUUUGAAAAUGAUAUGGAGUUUGUCCGUAAAACGGGGGUGGAAAAAAUUGUUGUUGGUGUGGUUGAAAGGACUGUUGUGGUUUAGCGUGGGAGAAAUCACAUUUCAAACCCUUCAGGCAAUGACUCUUUCUGCGUAAAAAGGGACAUGGAACGUGAGAUUUAGGUUUUUUUGUGUGUCGGGGGAACCUAUCUUGGUAUGGUGCGGGUAUUUCGUUCCUACCCGCAAUUUCUUCUGAAACAUUAUCGGUUCCAGCGUUAUUUAGAUUUGCCGCGCCAACGUUGUUUUGAUCAGAUAUCUCGAUUAUACUAAUGUCGGGGGCGUUGGGAUUAGUCGUUUCAUUAAUUUCUUUUGUUUGGGCGUGAGUUAAAAUAUGCAUAUCGGUGGCAGGUUUGCCAUUUCGAUUUUUAACAAACUUUCCCCCAUUUUCAACUGAUUUUUCACCUUUACUCUGGCCCAUAAACUCAACUAAUUGUUCAACAGUUUGAGACAAAGUUUGUAUAAUUUCUCUGUUGAUUUCUUGACCCGAUUUUAGUUCCUCAAAGUCGAAAACAACAUCAGCACAUGGACAAGACGACUGUCGCGGGGUAUCUACAUUCGUCUGGCAUGACAUGCCCACGCCUACAGGGGUUCCUUUUCUGCUGAAGCAUUUUGUCUGCUCGCUCACAAAAAUAAUUCUAUCGGCAGGUUGCAAUGGAAAACAAGCCUUAGAAAGUUACCGCAAUAAACCGGUUCAAUGCAUUGUAUUUAAGACAAGCGCAUUUUUCAUACAGGAAUCAUUUUGAUUUUUGAUCAUCGUUUCGACUUGUUUGUAAUCAUCCUCAGGAUUAAUAAAUCCUGAGGAUGACUAUAAACUAGUCAAAAACGUCGAUUGAAAAUCAAAAUGUUAUUCGGAGUUUAUUCGGAGGUAUUUUCUUAAAAUACUGUGAGGGUCCCGUAAUUAAAUAAACGGAUUCGUUCAGUGAUCUUUUGCAGUAUUAACACAGCUUGAUCAGUAAGUUACCAUAGCUAGCUGUGACACUGAACAAUAGAACCAAUUAAUUUUCAGAUGUCAUUACUCUCGUUAAAGCAAUAUCUCUCAUUUAAUAUACCUGUCUGCAUGCAAGACACUGUAGACCUUUGCCUUGAUCAUGAGUGAACUAAGAACUAAUGCGUUUUACCUGAAGAAACUGUAUCGCGCAGCUCAAGUUACUGACGCUGACAAGGUAAGAAACUGCACUAUAGUAUCGCACCAAGCCUGUCGAUCACGAGGACAACAAAUAAUGUCAGACUGAUUUAGAAGCAAUAAUUUAUUUAGAUGCCAAUAACGAACCAGCUGGAAAUGUGAAACUUUAAUGCCUACCAUAUAAUGCAUGUUUAAAAACCUAGAGUCUCAUUAGAAUGCUCACGUUUCAGUCCUCGAACAUGAGAUCAUGUAGCCACUAGACCAUUUCCCAGUAACUUUUAAUGACUGAUUAAACGCGAGACUUUUGAGAGUGAGUUUGAUUCAAUUUUAUGUUCUAAUAACUUUGGAUCUGAAAAUGCAAUAAACUCUUUAAUUUUGAAGGAUGGUGUGGUAACUCGUGCUGAUUAUGACCUCAUGAUCAAGAGAUACAACGAGCUUGGUAUGCCAGAAGAAAACAAACAAGAAUUAUCUGACGCCAUGUACGGGAUGUGUGGUUCCUUGGGUCUUACAGAUCACACGAAGUCCUUGACUUACGACGAGAUAGUGCAGUCUUGGAUUGAUAACGUGGAGAAGGGAGUUGGCUUUGCGACCAUUGUUUACGAUAAGAUAUUUCGAAUUGUUGACACAGACAGAAAUGGAAGUAUAUCUUUGAAAGAGUGGGAAAUUCAUUGCAUGGCUAUUAACAUCCCUGUGGAGCAUGCUGAACCAUCGUUUAAAGCGAUGGACACUGAUGGAGAUGGAGUGAUCUCUCAUGAUGAAUUUGUAGCUUAUCACUAUGAAUAUUUUCAUACAAGUGAAGAUAAACUACAUAGUUCUCUUUUGUAUGGGCCAUUACAGUAAAAUAAGGCACUGGAACGCCAAGAAUUUUGACAAUGCUAAUGUUAAUUAAUAAUGCUAAUAGUUAAACUGCACAGUAGCAUGAGAACAAACUAAUAUGCAGGUAUAUGUGCAUGCAAAUAUGUUUGGGGAAAAAUUUGAAAUCUGAUGGGAUUAGCAAUUAUUAAAAAGGACAUUUCGGAGUUUACUCCAUCAUCAAGUUGAAAGUUGACGUUUGAUUCACGUUUGACAAUAAUUAUAAUAUUGCAGUCUUUAAAC